GCAAGCCUCCAAGGAGAUCAUCGAAGGAAUCCGCAGGAAGCGCAGCUCUUCGUGCGGGCGCUUGGACACCGCCAAGUCCGGCAGGGUGGCCACAGGUGGUGUCCGACAAGAUCAGACCAUGAUUUGCGAGUCCCAACCGGGGGACGACACGCAGGAGAAACUGGAUGCGGAAGAAGCCAAGUUUUGGCCUCAGAUGGUUUGGCCUCAGAUGGCAAGUCCGUCUCAGCAAUGCCCAGGUUUCUUCUAUGAUCCCAGUAGUCCGGAUUUGUGCCCCACCCUGGAGGAGUGGUCCAGGGUGCGUGCGGUCCAGGGUGACGGUGUCUACUUUGUGUAUGGCUAUGAGAUCGCCAAGGCAAUUGCGCAGAAGCAGAACCGAGCCUGGGGUGUUAUUGAAGCCCGGGUGGACUUGUUUCGACAUGAGGAGAAUGCAGUGGAAUGGCCUACGACAUAUGAGGAGCGGGAGCUUCCACGGAGUGCCACUAAGGCCUCGCGCUUCAUGGGCUAUGAUUUUAGUCGAGUGAACAACGCGGUGUGGACCUCGAAUGAGGAGUUUGCCUACAUUACCGGCCACGUGGUUUGCUUCAUGAACAUCCAAACACGACAGCGGCGUUUCCUUCACGGCAGAGAUAAUGGCGGAAUUGGAGCCAUUGCUAUGUCACCAGACUUGAUCUACUUUGCGGCAGCAGAGCGCAGUAUCAAUGCACAGCCCAAUGUCUACAUAUACUCCUUCAAGACCAUGAGGUUGUAUCGAAUUUUGAGAAGAGGCACUAGCAGGGGAUAUGCCUCAGUGGCCUUUUCUCCUCACAACAAGAAUCACUUAGCGGCGCUCGGUUGUGCUCCAGACUACCUGUUGUCGGUAUGGGAUUGGCGCAACGAACGGCUCUUGCUGAAGUGCAAAGCCUAUGGCCAGGAGAUUUACAGCAUUCGCUGGGGUCAAUUCCCUGGGAUUCUGACAUCAGUUGGUGUUGGCCAUAUCAGGUUUUGGAAGAUGGCCACCACCUUCACGGGGUUGAAACUCCAGGGGGACCUGGGAAAGUUUGGCGCGAGCGAACUUUCGGACAUCUCCGGUUUCGUGGAGUUGCCCGAUGGCAAGGUUGUCACUGGUUCAGAGUAUGGCAAGCUUCUCCUCUGGGAGGGUGUUUUCGUGAAGGUGGAGCUGAUGCGUGCCAAAGACAACGUGACCCAAGCAGACGCAGGGACCAGCAUCGCGGGAUGUCCGCAUGCGGGAAACAUCGAUGUGAUCUUAAUGGAUCGUGAGAAUGGCAUGGUGAUUUCUGGCGGCGAUGAUGGCCAUUUGCGGUGGUGGCCGAUUGAAGAGAUUGAUACUGCAGAGGCCGAUUAUGACAAUGGCAUCUUAGAGUUCGGUAUCCGCAUGCGGAAGGAGAUUCGGAUCCCUCCGAGCGGUGAGCACAAUGUUCAUCCUGCCCACAUUCAACAUGUGGUGGUUGGCCACGAUGAGGCGACCUGGCUGAUUCAGGACUCUAGAAACGGGAUGAUCUGGAUCUUCGACAUGCCAUCCGGAACUUGCACCUCCGCCCUCAGCUGCCACAGUCAGCAGGUCACUGGCACAGUGAUCUCCUCCUCCUAUGCUGGGCUGGUGAUGUCAUGUGGCAUGGAUGGGACGGUGCGGGCCUUCAAUGUGUCGCAGCCCUGGGACAAUGAAUUGUACCGUGACUUCCGGCCCCUGGAGAACACUGUGGGCGCCACCUGCAUGGACGCCACUCCAGAGUUGGUUUGGAGACCGAAAAACCGAAAGUCAGGAAAAAUGGUGGAAAUCGGGAAAAUCUGA